AUGUGUCAAAGCAGUGCACAACUUACUACAAAUAGUUGGUCGAGGAGAACAAGCAGUAUAUCCAUGAGCCAGGCACUGUGGAGAAAAGCAUUGAGCUGUCUAGGCAGCUUCUCUACACUCGUCUCGCUAGGUGAGAUCGUCGUAAGAGGCUUCACUAUCACCGGCUACUACCCUCCACUUUCACUGGCUACUAUCCUUGAAGAAACAAAGAAACCCUCCCCACUAACAGAUGCAUCCAUUGAACGUUGA